AUAAGAAGUGUUUUUUACCAUCAGUUGAAAAUAAUAGACUCUUCGGGAUCGGAAAGUUCGGCUAUAUAUAAUAUUAUUGUUUAGUAUGUAUAAUUUGUAGAUUUGUAGUUCAUUGACUAAAGUGAAGGCUUAUAUUAUAUUAUUAUUAUUUUUGUACCUCUAAAUUUAACAUAUAUAACAUUUACAAUUCGAUAACCAUAAAAAUUGUCUGUAGCCCAAAUUGUUGCACUUUAGCUCCUGAUAACUAUUGACCUAUUAAUAGAACCAAGAUCACAAGCAAAAAGUACCUGGCCUGCUUCACCCAUAAGUGGGCUUAAAAACCCGCUGUCAACGAGCUCAUCAGUUUAGUUUGCCAUUGACGCUUCGCCAGUUUCAACGAUGUUGCUCCACCGGAAUUAUGUGCUGCUGCUGAGCUUCUGCUGCCUGGUGUUUGUGGUCACAGCGCAGAUUCCCAUCACGCCCAGAGAGUGCCCGGAAAACGAGACUUUUCUGCCCUGUGGACCCAGUUGCCAAACGGAGUGCGCCACGCUGGGAAAACCUUGUCUGAUAAAUCAUAUACGAUGCCCCGAUGGAUGCUACUGCAAUAAGGGAUUCGCGAGGAAUUCCGGCGGCAGGUGCAUUCCCAUCAACAAGUGCAACAAAAACGGUUACGGAAAGUAAAUCGUGUUAUGUUUUAUUAAAAGCGGCUGAAACACA